CGGCCGCUUAGUUUAAUACGGAAGAGUAAUUGCUUAAAGUAUGAAUCUGGAUCCGAUAAAUUCAGCCCUUUCCCAGCUGCGCGUGUUGCGCUCCAGUGUGGGUCAAGUGUUCGAAACGUUGGGCACCGGAGUGCGCGUUGACCACGGUGAAGAAGGCAAGGAGCAAAAGUUUCUGCAAGAGCUCCAGGAGCUGCUCAAUUCGGUGAACGCCAACCUAAAAGAUUUUGAGUCCUGUAUCAGCGGUCUGACCCCACCGGCCGCACCACUGAAUCUGGCCAACUCGGCGUUCCUCUCGUUGGAAACCAACCUUGAGCGACAAGCUCUGUACCCGCAUCUGGUGCAGAGCUACAAAUGGCACGACAAGCUACACGAGUACAGUACAUUUGCCUCAACGUUGCUGCAGCAGAACUCGCUCAAACGGUCCUACUACACAAACACCAAGCGACGACGUUCGCUUCCAUCCAGCCAUUUGGCCACGCCACAAAUGGUCGACAAUCUGAUCAACAGCAUCCAUUACAACAAUAUGAACCUCAAUAUCGUUCACCCAUUUAUGACUAAUGCAAUAUUGCACAUCACUAUCGCACGUGUCCUGCGGGCAGCAGUUAUACUGAAGGGCCUCCUGAUCGAAUGGGUAACGGUAAAGGGCUACGAAGAAUCACUGCUCGAAGGUAUCGACGAGCAUUGGACCGAAUCACGGCAUCAGGUAUUUCGCAAGGUACAGGACCAUGCACAUUCGGCGAUGCUGCACUUUUUCUCCCCAACGUUGCCCGAACUAGCUAUCAGAAGUUUCAUUACCUGGUUCCGGAGCUACGUUACACUGUUUGCCGAUCCGUGUAAAAAAUGCGGGAAGCACCUUCACAACACGCUUCCUCCAACCUGGCGAGACUUGCGCACGCUGGAGCCUUUCCACGAGGAGUGCAAGCAAUAGAGCUCCACAUUGGGGAAAUCAUUCAUUUUAUUCCAUUUCAUGGUGGUGAA